AUGGGUCUGUGCUACAGUCUGCGGCCGCUGCUCUUCGGGGAUCCGGAGGACGUCCCCCGCGCCGCCUCGGAAGAGCCUGCGGAAGACGCUCGGCCCGGCCCGGCCCCGGCCCCGACCCCCGCCCGAGCCCCGGCGGCGGUGGGGGGAGACGCGGCCCCGACCCCGCUCCCUCGGGGCGCCGGCGGGAGCCCGGCGUGCACGCGGCCCAAAGCCACCCCGAAGAAGGAGCGGCGGCGGCGUCCGGAGCAGCUGCGAGCCGAGGAGGGCGAGGCGGAGCGCGAGGCGGAGCGCGAGGCGAGGAAGGUCAGCAGGAGCAUCGACCGCAUGCUCCGCGAGCAGAAGCGCGACCUGCAGCAGACGCACCGGCUCCUGCUGCUGGGGGCUGGUGAGUCUGGGAAGAGCACUAUCGUCAAACAAAUGAGGAUCCUGCAUGUCAAUGGAUUUAAUCCUGAGGAAAAGAAACAGAAAAUUCUGGACAUCCGGAAAAAUGUUAAAGAUGCUAUUGUGACAAUUGUUUCAGCGAUGAGUACUAUCAUACCUCCAGUUCCACUGGCCAACCCAGAAAACCAAUUUCGAUCAGACUAUAUCAAGAGUAUAGCUCCUAUCACCGACUUUGAAUAUUCCCAG